GAACGCGUGACGCAUGACAACAUUGACAACUGAUUUACAGCUUCUCUCCCCUCUGUAACAAGAGAGGAUUAAUUUAAUAUUUAAAACAUAUUUAAGUUUAGAUUGUCAAGAAAAUGUUGAAUUUUUGAAAGUUAUUUUCGCAUUUCGCAAUCUAUUGACGAUUGCUACAGUGAUUUGUAAUUAUCUUAUCAAUGCUCUUAAUAUUAUCAAACAUCAAGAGCGUGAUUCAUCAACAUGGUUAUGUGGUUUGGAGGCAAGCUGACUUUGUCUAUUUCGCUGACUUCACGAUUAAUCAAAAGCAGAUUAAUGAGCAUUCGAGAAAUGAGUGCUGCAACUAACGCUGAUUGUGUAAAAUCUUUAUUGUAUAAGGAAUACGGCGAUCCCGUCGAAGUUCUUCAAGUAACCACUCAAACGGUAGAACAACCAGCGAGCGAUCAAGUAUCCAUAAAAUGGCUACUAGCCCCAGUGAAUCCAGCUGAUAUAAACACAAUACAAGGAAAAUAUCCUAGCAAACCUCCAUUACCAGCAAUACCAGGAAAUGAAGGAGUCGGAGAGAUAGUAGCAGUUGGUUCCAAUGUGCAAACCUUGCACAUUGGAGAUAAGGUGGUACCAAAUGGCCCUAAUUUUGGAACAUGGAGAACGCUAGCUAAUUAUAAUUUUAAGGAUGUUAUGAAGAUGCCAAGUGGUGUUGAUCUAAUUGUAGCCAGUAUGAUGAAUGUAAAUCCAUGUACGGCAUAUAGAAUGCUGAAAGAUUAUGUUUCGCUGAAGCCUGGAGAUACUGUGAUACAAAAUGGUGGUAAUUCUGCAGUUGGUCAAUUUGUCAUUCAAUUAUGUAAAGUAUGGAAUUACAAGUCUGUCAGUGUUGUUAGAGACAGGCCAAAUAUACAGGAAUUGAAGAAUCAACUGAAAAGCAUAGGAGCGGAUGAAGUUUUGACCGAAGAUGAAGUUCGGAAUACACAACUAUUCAAAAGUAAAAAGUUACCUGCACCCAAAUUAGCUCUCAACUGUAUCGGUGGGAAAAGUGCGCACGAAGUGCUGAAACAUCUCGCUCAAGAUGGUAUUAUGGUGACUUAUGGAGGCAUGUCUCGGGAGCCAUUGACCAUACCAAUAUCUGCACUUAUUUUUAAAAAUAUAUCAUUUAAAGGAUUUUGGAUGACAGCCUGGACAAACGCAAAUAUGGAAUGCCAGGAAAGAGAAAAUAUGUUCAAGAAUUUAGCAACUCUCUUUGCAGAGAAGAAAUUACAACCGCCACCACAUAAAUUGAUUCCCUUCUACGAGUAUCAAGAAGCUAUCGUUAAGGCGGUCAGUAUCGACGGUCGGAUGGGCGUUAAAUACAUUUUAGAUUUAACGAAAUCUUAAAAUCUUUUUAUGUAUUUGUAUAUAUAGAAUUUGUUUUUUCUAUUCUCUCAGAACUUGCAUCAAUGCAUUUAAAAUCAUUACAAUAUUGUGUAAUGUAUGCAUGCUGUUUUGUACAAUUCAUGUAAAACGACCCACUUUUUGUCAAAUAAGAGAAUGUAAAGAAAUGUUUAUUUUUAGCAAAAAUAUCGCGAAGUGUAAUAAGUAUGUGGGAAAAAUAUAGAAGAAAUAACUGCGGUUGCAAAUUU